GGGUGCAGAGGUGCCGCCGCCGCCGCGAGCCAGUCGGGAGCGCGCGAGGCGCGGGGAGCCUGGGACCAGGAGCGAGAGCCGCCUACCUGCAGCCGCCGCCCACGGCACGGCAGCCACCAUGGCGCUCCUGCUGUGCUUCGUGCUCCUGUGCGGAGUAGUGGAUUUCGCCAGAAGUUUGAGUAUCACUACUCCUGAAGAGAUGAUUGAAAAAGCCAAAGGGGAAACUGCCUAUCUGCCAUGCAAAUUUACGCUUAGUCCCGAAGACCAGGGACCUCUGGACAUCGAGUGGCUGAUAUCACCAGCUGAUAAUCAGAAGGUGGAUCAAGUGAUUAUUUUAUAUUCUGGAGACAAAAUUUAUGAUGACUACUAUCCAGAUCUGAAAGGCCGAGUACAUUUUACGAGUAAUGAUCUCAAAUCUGGUGAUGCAUCAAUAAAUGUAACGAAUUUACAGCUGUCAGAUAUUGGCACAUAUCAGUGCAAAGUGAAAAAAGCUCCUGGUGUUGCAAAUAAGAAGAUUCAUCUGGUAGUUCUUGUUAAGCCUUCAGGUGCGAGAUGUUACGUUGAUGGAUCAGAAGAAAUUGGAAGUGACUUUAAGAUAAAAUGUGAACCAAAAGAAGGUUCACUUCCAUUACAGUAUGAGUGGCAAAAAUUGUCUGACUCACAGAAAAUGCCCACUUCAUGGUUAGCAGAAAUGACUUCGUCUGUUAUAUCUGUAAAAAAUGCCUCUUCUGAGUACUCUGGGACAUACAGCUGUACAGUCAGAAACAGAGUGGGCUCUGAUCAGUGCCUGUUGCGUCUAAACGUUGUCCCUCCUUCAAAUAAAGCUGGACUAAUUGCAGGAGCCAUUAUAGGAACUUUGCUUGCUCUAGCGCUCAUUGGGCUUAUCAUCUUUUGCUGUCGUAAAAAGCGCAGAGAAGAAAAAUAUGAAAAGGAAGUUCAUCACGAUAUCAGGGAAGAUGUGCCGCCUCCAAAGAGCCGUACGUCCACUGCCAGAAGCUACAUCGGCAGUAAUCAUUCAUCCCUGGGGUCCAUGUCUCCUUCCAACAUGGAAGGAUAUUCCAAGACUCAGUAUAACCAAGUACCAAGUGAAGACUUUGAACGCACUCCUCAGAGUCCGACUCUCCCACCUGCUAAGUUCAAGUACCCUUACAAGACUGAUGGAAUUACAGUUGUAUAAAUAUGGACUACUGAAGAAUCUGAAGUAUUGUAUUCUUUGACUUUAUUUUAGGCCUCUAGUAAAGACUUAAAUGUUUUUUAAAAAAAGCACAAGGCACAGAGACUAGAGCAGCUGUAAGAACACAUCUACUUUAUGCAAUGGCAUUAGACAUGUAAGUCAGAUGUCAUGUCAAAAUUAGUACGAGCCAAAUUCUUGGUUAAAAAACCCUAUGAUGUAUAGUGACACUGAUAGUUAAAAGAUGUUUUAUUAUAUUUUCAAUAACUACCACUAACAAAUUUUUAACUUUUCAUAUGCAUAUUUUGAUAUGUGGUCUUUUAGGAAAAGUAUGGUUAAUAGUUGAUUUUUCAAAGGAAAUUUUAAAAUUCUUACAUUCUGUUUAAUGUUUUUGCUAUUUAGUUAAAUACAUUGAAGGGAAAUACCCCUGUUCUUUUCCCCUUUUAUGCACACAACAGAAACACGCGUUGUCAUGCCUCAAACUAUUUUUUAUUUGCAACUACAUGAUUUCACACAAUUCUCUUAAACAACGACAUAAAAUAGAUUUCCUUGUAUAUAAAUAACUUACAUACGCUCCAUAAAGUAAAUGCUCAAAGGUGCUAGAACAAAUCGUCCACUUCUACAGUGUUCUCGUAUCCAACAGAGUUGAUACACAAUAUAUAAAUACUCAAGUCCAAUAUUAAAAACUUAGGCACUUGACUAACUUUAAUAAAAUUUCUCAAACUAUAUCAAUAUAUCUAAAGUGCAUAUAUUUUUUAAGAAAGAUUAUUCUCAAUAACUUCUAUAAAAAUAAGUUUGAUGGUUUGGCCCAUCUAACUUCACUACUAUUAGUAAGAACUUUUAACUUUUAAUGUGUAGUAAGGUUUAUUCUACCUUUUUCUCAACAUGACACCAACACAAUCAAAAACGAAGUUAGUGAGGUGCUAACAUGUGAGGAUUAAUCCAGUGAUUCCGGUCACAAUGCAUUCCAGGAGGAGGUACCCAUGUCACUGGAAUUGGGCGAUAUGGUUUAUUUUUCCUUCCCUGAUUUGGAUAACCAAAUGGAACAGGAGGAGGAUAGUGAUUCUGAUGGCCAUUCCCUCGAUACAUUCCUGGCUUUUUUCUGGGCAAAGGGUGCCACAUUGGAAGAGGUGGAAAUAUAAGUUCUGAAAUCUGUAGGGAAGAGAACACAUUAAGUUAAUUCAAAGGAAAAAUUCAUCAUCUAUGUUCCAGAUUUCUCAUUAAAGACAUACAAAGUUACCCACAACACUGAGAUCACAUCUAAGUGACACUCCUAUUGUCAGGUCUAAAUACAUUAAAAACCUCAUGUGUAAUAGACGUAUAAUGUAUAACAGGUGACCAAUGUUUUCUGAAUGCAUAAAGAAAUGAAUAAACUCAAACACAGUACUUCCUAAACAACUUCAACCAGAAAAGACCAAAACAUGGAACGAAUGGAAGCUUGUAAGGACAUACUUGUUUUAGUCCAGUGGUUUCCACAGCUGGCUAAGCCAGGAGUCACUUGGAGGCUUUUAAAUACAAAACAUUGGAGCUGGAGGCCAUUAUCCUUAGCAAACUAAUGCAGAAACAGAAAAUCAACUACCGCAUGUUCUCACUUAUAAGUGGGAGGUAAUGAUAAGAACUUAUGAACACAAAGAAGGAAACAAUAGACAUUGGAGUCUAUUUGAGAGGGGAGGGUGGGAGAAGGAAAAGGAGCAGAAAAGAUAACUAUUGAGUACUGGGCUUCACACCUGGGUGAUGAAAUAAUAUGUACAACAAAUCCCUGUGACACAUGUUUACCUAUGGAACAAACCUUCAUGUGUAUCCCUAAACCUAAAUAAAAGUUAAAAAAAAAAAAAAAA